GAAACAGUACGUUCUCGUAUGUAGAAUCGUAACAGGGUGGCUUUGCAUAUCGUAGCUGUGGAAUAAGAAAACUUGUCAUUAUCGCUUGUGACAUUCAAGUAUAUCGUAGAUUGUUGACAGCCAAACUGUGACGAAAAUUAUAUAAAUCAAGAUUUCCAGAGUUAAUUGUGACAACAUCCGGUUUGGAACUUCUAGCAUCAUGACAAUUUAGUAUGAUUCGACAUGAAAGACAACAUUAAGCGAAUGGCGUAUAUCCGUUAGGGCGAUUUAGAUAGCGAGGUCAGUUGCGCAUCAGACGGUCAGCGUAUGUAAUUGAAACGAAGAGGGAACUAAAGUAAAACGUUUUUAUUUAAUGAAAGAGCCACUGUGGACCAAAAAAUAUUUUUGACAAAUUUCAUAGAUAUUGUUCUCUAGUAAAAUUGCGCGCAGUAAUCCACAGUGAAUACAAAAUAAAGAGGAGUAAACAAAAUACACCAAAAAUGGGAGAGGCAAUGCUGCCUCUGUGUUUUGGAAAGCAGCAGGCGUUUCUGCUAUUUGUACUACAAAUUGUCAUAAUGAUAUUAAUGGCUACACUUACAACAUAUGGUCCAGAGGCCAGUAUAAUUCCGCAUAAAAGUCAUACAGAAUCAAACGAUAUCAGAAGCAAAAAGGAUCCUUUGAGAAUUUAUCCAAUGUAUCAAGAUGUCCACGUGAUGAUAUGGAUCGGCUUUGGCUUCCUGAUGACAUUUCUACGACGUUAUGGUCAAAGUGCAAUAGGAUUGACCUUUCUCGUCGGCGCCAUCCUCGUUCAAGUGGCCUUGCUCUGCGACGGGGUUGUUCAUAUUAAGGAAAACGGCGAGGCACUCCUGUCUCUUCAAGGGUUAUUGAGUGCUGAUAUAGCUGUAGCCGCGCCAUUGAUUUCCAUGGGGGCUCUUUUGGGUAAAACCACGUAUAUGCAACUGGUUUUCAUGGGGAUCAUCGAAUUGAUCGUUUACACUGCGAACAAGUACAUCGGCGAACACCUUCUAAUGGUUGUAGAUGCUGGUGAUAGCAUGUUUGUUCAUGCAUUUGGAGCUUAUUUUGGAUUGGCUGUAAGUUUUGUCUUUGGUGUCAGAGAAAAACCCAAAGAACAUCAUCUGGAGGGACCGUCGUAUCAGUCAGACAUUUUUGCAAUGAUCGGAACUGUCUUUCUCUGGCUAUUCUGGCCCUCUUUCAACAGUGCAUCCCUCGAAGGAGACAAUCAACAACGUGCCAUUAUCAAUACUCUAUUAUCAAUCUCAGCCAGCUGCGUAAUGGCAUUUGCAACGUCAGCAAUUGUUUCGAAGGAUAAUAAAUUUAACAUGGUUCACAUUCAAAAUUCAACACUCGCAGGUGGCGUUGCCAUAGGAACUGCAGCCGGAAUGAUGUGCCGACCAAUCGGUGCACUAGCUAUUGGAUCUCUGGCUGGAGUACUAAGUGUAGUAGGUUACAAAUUUCUAACGCCAUUGAUACAAAAACAUUUGCGGAUCCAUGACACUUGUGGCGUCCACAAUUUACACGGAAUGCCCGGCGUUUUAGCGGGAUUAUUCGGUGCACUAAUGGCGGGGAUAGCCAGUGAGGAAUCUUACUAUUAUUCUCUCUAUGCAAUCUUCCCAGCGCGUGCACCGUCUUCUGAAGCAAAACUGGCGGAAAUAAGAGACGACUAUAAUCGGAUAUCGGCAGGAUUUGACAGAACGGCGGGAGAGCAGGCUGCGUAUCAGUUAUUGGCACUGCUGGUCACUUUGGGCAUUGCCAUUGUCUCUGGACUAAUUACAGGUCUGAUACUCAGGAUGACCAUGUUUGGCUCUAUUACGGAGGAUCAGAAAUUUGACGAUGCUGUACAUUGGGAACUUGAAGAAGAGGCUCACGAGCAGGACACGUCAAAGCACGUUGAAGGAAGUACUAGAGCUAAUGAUCAGUUACCAAUGGGUCACAUGUAAAGGAUAUUGAGAUUCCUGUAGUAUAAGAGUUUCUCAUUAUUAUUCUUGAAUAUUUUGUUAUUUUUUAACUUACUCCAAGAAGUCUUGCCUAUGAAAGUAACAAGAUACAAUGUAAUCAAAUUUAAUAAGGUAUACAAUUUUGCAGGGAGAUAAGUGGAAGUUAAAACAAGCAAAGAGAUAGUAAUAUCAGUGGAAAGACUAGGGAAAAGAGAGAAAGCAUGAUAUCCAUUUUUUUUCAUAAUCUUUAAUUUUUCUAUAAAAUUCAUCGAUAUAGCUAUCUAUACAAUAAAUAAAGCGUACCAUAGAUGACGUUAAGACGA